CAUUCCGACUCUUAGCUCGCCACUCUCGCCUCAUCAAUUCUGCGAACCCUAACCCUAGCGAGAGACCAGACAAACAAACCCACAAUGGCUGAAGGUCUCGUACUCCGUGGAACCAUGCGUGCCCAUACCGAUAUGGUCACCGCCAUCGCCACCCCCAUCGACAACUCCGACAUGAUUGUCACCGCCUCACGUGACAAGUCCAUCAUCCUCUGGCACCUCACUAAGGAAGAGAAAACAUAUGGUGUCCCACGACGUCGUUUGACCGGACACUCUCACUUCGUUCAGGACGUUGUUCUGUCGUCUGAUGGACAGUUCGCUCUCUCCGGCUCCUGGGACGGUGAGCUCCGUCUGUGGGACCUGGCUGCCGGUGUCUCCGCCCGCCGUUUCGUUGGCCACACCAAAGAUGUCCUCUCUGUCGCGUUCUCCAUUGACAACCGUCAGAUCGUUUCAGCCUCCCGUGACCGCACGAUCAAGCUGUGGAACACUCUCGGCGAAUGCAAGUACACCAUUCAAGACGGUGACGCUCACACCGAGUGGGUUUCAUGUGUUAGGUUCAGCCCUAAUACUCUGCAGCCGACGAUCGUCUCUGCAUCUUGGGACAAGACCGUGAAAGUAUGGAACUUGAGCAACUGUAAGCUAAGGUCCACUUUGGCAGGGCACAGUGGAUAUGUGAAUACUGUAGCGGUGUCACCUGACGGUUCGUUGUGCGCUAGUGGAGGGAAAGAUGGAGUGAUAUUGCUGUGGGAUUUGGCAGAAGGUAAGAGAUUGUAUUCAUUGGACGCAGGGGCUGUGAUUCACGCUCUGUGUUUCAGUCCAAAUAGGUACUGGUUGUGUGCUGCAACUGAGCAGAGUAUUAAGAUCUGGGAUCUUGAGAGCAAGAGCAUUGUGGAGGAUCUUAAAGUUGAUUUGAAGACCGAGGCUGAGAAGAGUGAGGGCACCACUGCUACUACCACCAUUAAAAAGAAGAACAUCUACUGCACAAGCUUGAACUGGAGUGCCGACGGAAGCACCUUGUUUAGUGGAUAUACAGAUGGUGUGAUCAGAGUGUGGGGAAUUGGGCGUUACUAGGAAGAAGACUGAGAGUGAUUGCCAUAAUGCUGUUUUCGUAUUUUUGAUGACAAACUAGUUGCACUACUCUGUAGGCAGUUUCGAACACCUAUUUUAGAUUUUGUUCAAAAUGUUUCCAAGGAUAUUUUGGUUUUCUUUUAUUUGGAUGUUACAUGGCUUUGAGGCCUAUGCUAUUUUGGUUUGUUUAUUAUUUAGAUAUUACAUUUGUUUUCUCAACUAUCAAAUUAUAGUUUUGAACACAAUCAUAGUUUCAACCUUGCA